GGCAGAGGGCAGUGAGGCCGCCGCCGCCAGCUUGAGUGUGGGCAGCGGGCCCGCUGAUCGCGGCGGGCGAGUCGCUUCGGGCCGCGGGAGGGAGAGGAGACGCCGCCCUCGCGCUGCCAAGCGGGCCGGGAGUGGGAGGGGCUCCGGCCUGCGGGAGCCACUGGGCCCGAGUGCAGGAUGCCGAGGAAGAAGAAGCAUGCAGAAAGCCCUGACUUUCAGGGCCCGGACGGGGAGGAGGAAGAGCCGAGGGGCCUGGUCGACGCCAAGAAGAAGCGUAGUUUUGUGGAUGCCUUUAUUGUUAUAUCUGACAGCGAUGGAGAGCAGGAGUCAAAGGAGGAGAAUGGAUUACAGAAGAAAAGAACCAAGCAGCAGCUGGACAGAGUGAAGUUUGCUGCUAAAAGAAAAAUUGCACAGAUGACUGAAGAUGAGCAGUUUGAAUUGGCUCUGAAAAUGAGUGAGCAGGAAGCCAGACAAGUGAACUGCCGGGAAGAGGAAGAAGAGGAGCUUGUGAGGAAGGCCAUCGCCGAGAGCCUUAAUAGCUACCAGCCUUUAGAUUCCCCUGCUGAGACCUCUGCACCACCUCCUGCACAGACAACGUGCGUGCGAGCGCAGAGCCACCCGACUGAGCGAGGAAAGGCUGAGAUCCAUGGAGCUGUGCCACCUGGCCCUGACUCCCCACGGUCGGACUGCAGCUCCCACUCCCGGAGCACAAAAGCUGAUGGGAAUGGACAGGCAGAUGUUGCCAAGAGCCCCCUCGUAGUGCUGACGAGGUUAAGCCAGGAAAUAGUUGAAAGCUCACUACUAUCCAGCAUAAUCGUACCUCCAGGGAAGAGCCAGCCUUUAACAAAGUCAAAUGAAAAGCCUUCCUCACCAGCAAGAAGCAAUUCCAGGGACACGUUACCCAGCCCUUCUGGGGAGAGGCUGAUCUCCCUGAGUCCCACCUUUGCCCGGUUUACUCCGGGCACUUGGCAGCUGACACCUCGGAGAUUGUUUUCAGGCUCGUGCAGCACUUCAAAAGCAAUGGGAGGGGAACAAGACAAGCAGCCUCCUGCUGGUACUGGAAGUUCUGCAGGGGAGCCUACUGCUGGCAGCUCAGCAGUGCUCCGGAAGAGCCGGGCCCUGGAGCUGGGCAGCAUUCCAAGGAAGAACUGUGGAGCAGGAGGCCCCGAGUGUGCACCACAACGUGGGCACAGCGGGCAAGGCUCUGUUUGUGCUGAGCACGUGGAACGUACGGCGGGACCCGACAAGGCACCUGAGCUUUGUACACUGAGCAUGGCCGAUGAAAAGUGCAAGCAGGAAGAUGCUAGAGACACAGUGCACUAUUAUUGGGGUAUUCCAUUCUGCCCUAAAGGGGUGGACCCAAACCAGUAUACCCAAGUCAUCCUGUGCCAGCUGGAGGUGUAUCAGAAGAGCCUGAAGCAGGCUCAGAGGCAGCUUUUGCAGAAGAAGGAGUUUGGUGAUCCAGUUGUGCCCUGCUCUUCUCCCCUGAGCCAGAAUGAGCAUGGGAAAGGGGAGCGAAUAAACAGGGAAAAUGGUGUUCCUGACGACACAGAAGAUGGCAGGAAGGAGCCAGAGAGUACUGCCUGGCUUCUCUCCACAAAGAACAGGGAGCUCGAGCAGAAUCCAGGGCAGAACUUGGAAGAGGAAAAGAACUCUAUGUCCGAGGAUGAACCAACCACCAGCUAUUGCCAGGGGCCAACCUGUGCAACACACCAGCCGCCAGCAAAGGCCUCCCAGGCGCUAUUUGCAGAGGACAUGCCUGAAGAUGGGGAACCAAUGCAGAUUACACAGAGCAUUUCUGCCUUGACCCCAUUUGGCAGUAAGAGGAGCCCAGAGGUGGCCGUGGAGAGCCCUGCUGCUGAAGAAGAGAUCCCUGUUUGCCCUGAGACCCAGCCAAAUCCAUCGGAAGCCAUUGAGCCGGAGAGAGAAGAGCUCCAUUCAGCCAGCAAAGACGCACCUAUGCAGGCUGCUGGAGAUGAAGAAGCUGGGAACACGGCAUCUGAAUGCAGCCCGUCCGCUGAUGACAGUGUGUCAUGCCCGCUGUGUGAUCGAGGCUUUCCAGCCACUGAGAUUGAGCUGCACGCCAUGUACUGUAACGGCAUCGUGGCGCAGGAUGCAAAUGAAGAUGUUCCAGAUGCCUGGAGAGCAGGUCUGCGGCGCUGCUUGUUGGCUCCACUCAUCAGAACGCUAGUUUGGAAUGACUGCAGCAGCUACUGGCAAUCUGCGCUCACUCAGCGACAGAGAGAAACAAGAAGUAGAGCUGGCAGAGGCAGAGAUGUCCCGACCCCCAUAGACGUUGACAAGUGUGAGAAGUGCUACCUUUGUAAGGCCCGGGUGCCGCUGGCAGAGUAUCCGAGGCAUGUGGACAGCUGCCUGCAGACUGCGAGGGACGCUCAGGGAAACCGGAGGCUGCGCAGUGCCAAGGACGUUGGGCGGAGUGAAGGCAGACUCCUCAGCAUGCUGGAGAUGUCCGAGUGCAAGUCUGCAGAUGCUGAUGCUGGGGCCAUGCUGGCAGCAGGAGGAGACCCGAGGCACACCCCGUCGGGGGCUGAGGAGGAAGCUGGGUGCAGCCUGGCCCGGGAGAGCCCCCUUCCACACCUGGCUUUCAGUGACUUGCCCAUUCCACCCUAUGUGUCCGCUCCCGAAGCCGCAGGCUACGCGGGGGGCUUCCAGCAGCAGGUGGCCUGCAGCCAGCAGCAGAACAAGGGCAGCCGGAGGAGGAGGAGGAAAUUCUGAGGCUUGAGCCAUGGAGAAGGGACCUCGGGAGACCCACAGCGAAGGGGCAGCAGGGCCGUAGCCUCUGCUGGCCUUGUGCAGUGAGAGCCCCGGGCAGAGCCCCUGCCUGCGGCCAGGCAGUGUGACGUGCUUGUGGGCCAGACUGGGAGCCGUGGGGCGGAGACUUGCUGUGGGGCGCUCUCCAGCCAGACACUGACACACAUUUAUGGGUGUGUUUAUGGAAUGGCAGCGACCCGGAGGAGCAUUCGGUGUCUUUCUUUGGGGCCAGGGCAGGGAGGAGCAGCGUGGGAUGCCCCAGUGACUAGAAAUCUUGGUGCCCAGCGCUGGCCUGGGGCCACCCCAAAGGCUCUUGUACACAGCAGCCCCGCAGGACACAGUGCUGUCCCUACCCUGGCCGAGCGUGGGGCUGGGCUGUGCACGGGGCCAGCAGAGGAUCCCAGCAAUGGCUUUGGGUUCUCCUGAAAGCAGGAGGGUUUCCAGAGGCGGGGGUGGGGGUGCCGGGGCGCUGGCAUUAGCUGUGCACCCAGUUGCUUGUUACAUGAGGCUCUGGUGCCCUUUGAUCCUCUCCUGCUCCAAAGCCCAGCGUGCUUCCUGGAGGCCCUGCAGGCUCCGUGGGGACUGCGGGGAGCUGGGAGAGCCCCUCCAAGCCCAGGAAAUGCCAGAGCUUCAGAAAUGCAGGGUGUGUGAUGUGGCUGGCCCAGCCCUCCCGAGUCCCAUGGCAUCUGCUCAGGCAUCCUGUACGGAGGCAGUAAGCCAGGGAGCUGGGUGCUGGUUGGGACAGGCAUGGCCCCAGGAGUGGCUGCUGUCUGGGAAUCAGGUGUGUGCUGAGAACUCUGCUGGUUUACAGACACUGACUGGCAUGGCAGCCGAUGGGCACAGACUGGCACAGCAGCCAGCAGGCACACCUCUGCUCCCCGCCCUACAUUCAGCGGAGCCUGCCAAGCUCAGAGGUGUGGGCUGGGCCAAUGAACUGCUGCCCCAGCCCCUGGGGCUCCUCGCCCCGAGGCCCAGCCGUGCUCAGGAAGUGACCCGGAGGAAGGCGUGGCCCAUGCUGGCCUUACCAAGGGCUAAAGGGAAUGAACUGCUGGGCAGAGGGCAGGAGCCGCCCGGCUGCAUGACCAGUGGGCAAGGGAGAGGGAACGAUUCGGGGCCCUCUGUAGGGGAGAAUCCAACUGAAGUGAGCUGGGUUUGUCCUGCCCCAAAAGCUGGAGCUGGGGUUUGCCCUGAAUGGCUGGCCCGAGGGAUGCUGCCAAUUCCCCAGGGUGUGUGCUCUUCCCGAGGUGGCUGAGCUUUCUGCUGUACCCCAGGCCAGCUGCCCUGCCCUCCCUGCAGAGCCAAUGCAGGCAGCCAGCCCAGCCCAGCCCUGCCCAUCACCUGGCUGGCCAGGUUGAGCAUGUGGCUUUGGGCCCAGUGCUGGGGAGCAGCUGGUCCCCUGGUGCCCUUGACAGAUGCCACCUUCUGACUCUGCUGUUGGUUUCCCCCACAACUCCCCUCUGCCAUGCCCACAUCUCCACCCCCAGCCUCUCCCCGGACUGUGGGGAAGCCACUGCCAUGUCUUGCCUGCCCUGUGAGUGGCACAAGGCCCAUGCCCCAGGGGAGGCACCAUCAGGCUGGGCAGGGAGCUCGAGCUCCAGGCUCCAUUGCAAUGUGUGGAAGGGGGCUGGCUGGGGGGAAUGGGACUGACUGGAAGGCAGGGCCCAUGGGCCAUGCACCCACCCCAUCCCGGCAGCCCCUCAAGGCCGGGGAGCAAAAGCCAGACUGCCGUGACAGCCACUGGGAAACAUGGCUGGGAGCCUGGGCAAAGCUGGUGCUUUCUCUCCCCUUUUCAAGUGCUUGCAGCAAGCACAGAGGGGGGCGGGCUGGGGGAAGUCCCAACCCCCUCCGCCCCCCCCCCCCCCCCCGGCAGGCACUCUGCACAGUGGCAGCAAGGCUGGGGCGUGGAGCAGAACGUGGUCCCUGUGAGGCUGUUGUCAGCUCUUGGCCGUGCUGGCUUCUGCCCCAGGACGGCUGCUGCCCCUCACCCGGGCUUUCAGGUUUCUGGCAAGAGCCGCAGCUGCUGGCAUGGGUGGCCCCAGGCAGUGUACGCAUGGUAGCCAGGGCCCAGCUUUGGCCUGGGGCCAUGCCAGAGCCCCCCCAAGCCCGGGCCAGAGCUCUUCCUCAGGGUUCUCCACCCGCGGCAGCCCAGCCCCCCACUGUUGCUGGCUGAGGCCUCUGAGCUGCUGGAGCAGGGGUGGGGGUUCUCUGUCCCUGCCCAGUGCCCCCUGGUUCCAUUAGGGGGUGACACCACAUCUAGUCCCUGGGCCCCAGCUAAUGGGGUCCCUGGCAGUGGCUCUGGAGUCCUGGACCCGGGAGCACGCUGCGGGAGGAUGGAGCAUGUGGGACCUGGAGGCAGCCAGUGUGCCUGCCCCUGGCACCAAUCCCAUGGAUCUGGUGUCCCAGUCCUAGCACAUGGUCUCUCCCUGCCUCCCCAGGCAGUGUCGGGGGCCGGUGGCACUGCUCCCCAGUGUCUGGGCAAUGGAAAAGGGCAGAUUAUAGCGUGUUAAGCCCGGGGGGAGUCACCCCCCACACCAGCUGCUGCAAUUGGCUCUGGAGUAGGGGCAGCAUCGGGCUGGCUCUCCGCGUCUCAGCUGGCCAGGGAGGGGAGCUCAGCCUCCUGGUCUCAUCCAUCCUCUGCUGUGACCAGAAGCCGAUUAGGCGUUUGUGGGGCCCUAGGCAGAGCAAGUGGGGGUCCCACCCCACCCCUUCCACUUACAGUUCUCCCUGUCCUCCUCCUGCCCCCCAUCCCAGCACUCCUGCCAGGGGCUGGGCCGGGGCGUGGGGGCACCCAAUUGGUUGGGGCCCCUGGGCAUGGGCCCUGAUGGCCCAGUGGCUAAUCCGUCACUGGCUGCGAUGGCUGCCAAGGGCCAGGGAUACACCCCCUUCCCUGACUCACCCCACACACCCCCAGGGGGCAGGCCCACAUGGCUGGGUAGUGCCCCCAGCUCAUUAAUCUCACCGGGCCUGGGCCACUGCCCAGCCAAUCCCUGGCCAGGCCAGGAACCAGAGCCAUGCCCAGGGCCUGGAGGGGCUCGGAGUCUGAAAGGCCAGCACGGGCCUUUCCCCAGGGCUGUCGCCUCCUGGAGCCGGCUCUGGGGGAUGCUGUGGGUCCCAGCUUGGGCCAGCUCUGCUUCAGCCUCAGCAGCGACCAUCCCCAGCCCUGCUCCCACUGCCGGGGGAGGCAGUUGGUUCCCGGGGUUUGUUCCCAGCGGCAGUCUGGCUUCCCUCCCUGCUCGGCUGGCCUGGGGCAGACCUGAGCCAAUGUCUCCCAGUGGGACAGUCCCCUUCCGCUCUGUGGGGCACAGCCAGUGACCCCUUGUCUGUGGAGUGACUGUAGGGCCCCAGCCCAGCGGGGGCCAGGCUCAGCCCUUGCAGUGGGGGGGUGCAGCUAUGUGAGGGCCUGUGACACAGCAGGGAGUGGGGCAGAUUGACCUGGGGAUGUUGCAGGGGAGUUUCAUUGGGGAGGGGAGCCUUCCGUUGGGGGAAGACACCUGAGCCAGGAGGGGGGUUGGGGCCAGGUGACACCUGCCCAGGAAACUGGACAAAGGCAGGAGGAGAAGCUGGGGGGAGGCUGGGGGAGAUGACUGGAGGGGUUUCCAGUUUUGGGGAGUUGGCUGGGGAAGAGGAGGGAGCCCCAAGGCUGGGGUCUAAUCUCCCUGCCCCCCAGAAGGGCCUGACUAAGGGAUCCUGUUUAUGCCUGCAAGCUCUGGGUUGGAUUGUGUUCCUGUCGUCUCUAAUAAACCUUCUGUUCUCCUGGC